UACAUAAAAUGGUUACGAGAGAUGUAAAAGUGUGUUAUAUUCCUCGUAAAACUAUUCAUAUUAAAUUAUUUGAUCAACUAUUUGUAAUUUAAUAAAAAUAAUAUCAACACAUAAUUAAACAAUUUUAUUAUUUCAUAAUCAAUAAAAUAAUAUAUCUAUCACACUUCCCAAUGUACUUUUUCCUUUCCACUUUUCUCUUCACUUUUCUCCAUAAAACAACAUUUUUCCUCCUUCCAAAUUUUUGUUUUUCCUCAUUUUUCCUUCCCUCCAAAUUUUCCUUCCCCUCCAUUCUCCCUCUUUCCUUCAGAAACAGGGGGUUAGUAUCCAUGGAAAGGGGAAAGGGAAGAGGAAAAGACUUCGAUUCCUCUGAAUCUUACUUUCUAAUUGGAGAAUGUUAUAUUUCUCAAAUAUCGAAUUGGUUACUUGAUAUUUUGUAUGUUAUGUCUUUGAUCCAAUAUCUUUUUCGUGUAAAUUCGAAACUCCACUCGCUAUUACCCUUCAACUUGCACGCACGAUUCAUCCUUAAACACACUAACUUGCCAUUGUAUCUGAAGGUACUGGUGGGGAACCCCAUCCUUCUCAGCCCUCUGAUGUCCAACCCCCUUCUGGGUGGUAUGUUGCAUUCCUUAGAUUCUUGAUGUCCCAAGUGCAACCUCCUGCUGAGGGUCAAGGUAAGGCUGCUUUAUCUACUUGCUUUUCUUGUCUUUUCUUCUUAUAAGGGUUGUCUUUUAGUGGCGUUUAUGACUGUGGUUUUUCAUAUUUGAUCAGGUGGAAAUUAUUAGGCAUUGGCCAUUCAAUGUCUUUAGAGGUUCAUGAUGAUCCCAGAGGUCAUUGCGUACCUUCAGGAUCUUACCGCAGGUGUAGCAUGCAUAAUGCAAGCUCAAGUGAUGCAAGUUCAAGGUUUAAAUGAUGAGGCUGCGACAAUAUCAGACCAUUGUGUGCAGCACUAUCGAGCUAGAAAGAUGCAACGAAACCACUUAUCAAGAAGGUGAAAGGCUUAAGUUGUGUUAUAGGAGAGGGGAACGAAGAUAUGGAUGUGCUUGAGGAGUCUAGCGCAUGUCCGAACGGAUGCAGAUACGUGUUGAAUGCAGACCAAGCGAGAAGUCGCUCAAGCUUCAGAAGAAUUCCAGUCAUCCGUAGUGAGCUUAUGGGCAUUGGUGAAUCCACAUCGCUCAAGCUGCUGGUUUGUGUCACCAAGCAGAGAGCACCUGAUGCUGCUGGGAGAAAAGCUGAUUCUUGGUUAGUGGAAGGUGAGCCGGAAUUUAUGUACAUCAUUAUUACUUGUUUGAGUAGAAUAUUGAGUGAAUUAGAUGAGAAGCUGCUGGAUCCGGUGGAUCUUAAACAACAAUUGGCCAUGAUACAAUAUCCGUUUGGUGAUAAAGAGGAGGAGGAAGAAUUAGGUACUGGUUUGGUGAAUUCUGGCAGCGUUCUUAUUGUUGGUGAAUUGGAUGGCUUGUAUGAUGAUGUGGAAGUGAAUUUAGAAGAUUUGCUAAUGCUGUGUUUUUUAAGGGAGGAAAAGCCAGGGAAGGAAAAAAUGGGAAGGGAAAUUACAUUCCCAAUAAACUUUCCCCCGUUUAGGAAGAGUGAACAAUGUGGGAGGAAUGGAAAUGAGAGGGAAAAUGCAUUGUACCAGCCAUCCCUCCAAAUUGUAGUGAAAAUGACAUUCCACAAUUAAGACCCCACUCAAUUCUCAUCCAUUUUCCAUUUUCCUUUCCGACCCCCUCCUUAUUCUUUUUUUUUUAUGGUUCUAAUUCUCAACAUUAAUACCAUGUCUUAUUUUUUUAAUUUGUAUGUUGUAGCUUAAUUAUUUUGUAUGAUUAUAUUUUAACAUUUUCAUGAAAGCUUAAAAUAUGGGUUGGUUUUAUUGGCCAUGACUACAGAUAUGAAAUUGUUCAGACUACACCGAAUCAAAUCAACGUUUGGACCAAAUGACAUCAAAUUGAGUAUACUUGGUCACUUGAAUUUUAUAUUUGCUGAAGAAAAUGGACUGGAUUAACAUUUGGACUAGACCAAACCGGUCUAAAUUGGUGAUUUACAUCACGUAUAACGUUGUUUUACGCGAUACAUAAAACGGUUACGAGAGAUGUAAAAGUGUGUUAUAUUCCUCGUAAAACUAUUCAUAUUAAAUUAUUUGAUCAACUAUUUGCAAUUUAAUAAAAAUAAUAUCAACACAUAAUUAAACUAUUUUAUUAUUUCAUAAUCAAUAAAAUAAUAUAUCUAUAACACUUCCCAAUAUACUUUUUUCUUUCCACUUUUCUCCAUAAAACAACAUUUUCCCUCCCUCCAAAUUUUCCCUUCCCUUCAAAUUUUCCUUUCCCUCCAUUCUUCCUCAUUCCUUCAGAAACAGGGGGUAAAGGAGAGGAAGAUGAUGUCGUCGAGGAAGGUACUGGGGAGAAGGAAGAUGUUUCCGUCGAGGAAGGUACUGGUGAAUCUGAUCAGGAACAGGAUUUGGCACUUACUGUCCUGACAAACCAUCUGAUGAGUCCUCUUUUGGAUGUAUCAUGUUAGCAUUUCUGGACCUUUUGUGGGUUGAUGAACUGAAGGUAUCUCCAUACAUCAUAUAUCAAUGUGAUAUUUUUUUUUUAUAAUGGUGAAGUAAGUUAAAGAAAAGUAGAGUCCUUACAAGAAGGGAAAGGAAAACAGGAACCAAGGCAACGAAGAACCUCGGGCAAAGACAACACCCAAAAAACAGAUAGGAAAAAACACAAAGCAACAAAAGGGAACCAGUGCUACAACAGCAAACCAAAUCAAAACUCCAUUUGAUUUCUUCUCUUUGUAAAUUCAAAACUCCAUUUGAUUUCUUCUCUGCCUCGAUAUUACCCUUCUUGGACCUGGGUAGGCUAUAAUGCGAUGUGACCUUGACAAAUUUCCUGUGAUCGAAUUUCCCUCUAUUUAUUCCCCCAACCUACAAUUACGUGGAAUCAUUAAAUAUCCUGUUAAUUUAGAUAACAACUAGGUUUUGGAAUUCAAAAGGAUUUCUUAAUAUAUUAGAUCAUCAAAUCAAUGAAAUUGAAAAACUAAUUUUAUAUUUUCAUUUCAAACUUUAUGCAAUCCAACUCACUUUUAUUUGAUUGCUCCUACAUCAAUGCAAUUUGCAUAUAUGAGAGUUUAAAUGACUUUAUUAUUAUAAAAUAAAUAAAUCAAG